AUGUCAAAACGAUUCCUCUCUCUCCUCCUUUCCUACCUUGUAAUUGUAUGCCUCCUUUUAACCAUCACAAUCGCCAACACCGCAACUGCCAUUGCCAUACCCACUGCCACAAUCUCACAGCCAUUCAGACAAGCCCCAAAAUUCUACAACUCCCCACAAUGCCCUUCCCUCACCGACACAGACGCAGAAACCAACAAUGGCGACACCGACGACACCUUCUGCUCUGACAACGCCAUCCACGUUGCGAUGACCCUCGACACCGCCUACAUCCGCGGCUCCAUGGCGGCGAUCCUCUCCGUUCUUCACCACUCUUCCUGCCCUCAAAACAUCGUCUUCCACUUCGUCAUUUCCGCUUCCGCCAACGCAUCAAUCCUACACGCCACCAUCGCCACCUCCUUCCCGUACCUCAACUUUCACCUCUACACCUUGGACGACACCGCCGUCGCCGNUGUGUCAAGUUUAUUGGAUGUCAACAAUGUACCUGGAAGCUCAAUCAACCAGUAUCAGAAAAAAAUAUUGUCAGUUGUACAAGCCUUUAAAAGAGCGAAGUUGCACCUGUCACGGGCUUCGCAUGAGGCAGGUGUGGCCAUGCAAGAAAUACAAUCUGGUGAGCAUGCCAAACACCGUCUAUUUGAUGGACAAAUAUGUCUGUCCGAUGAGAAUGUAAUUUGUACAGAAGCAGCAGAGCAAGGACCUGCGAGAAGAAUACAACUGUGUGAAAAUUCAGGGCAGUUUAAUGAAACAAUAGAAGUGCAAUCCCCAGUGUAA